UUGAUGGAUCACCUGCUCUCCCCUGCCUUCUCUUUCCCUUGGUACAACUGUUCUAUUUCCUUCCCUGCUUUUGGAGAAGCUGUGUCCAAAUGCUGACCUCUUCUCUUCCUUUUUCAGGAGAUGCCAGGCUGUCUCCUAGGACAAGGCACCCUCUGCUCCUGCUGCAGGGGACAACACUGAGCAAGAACAUGGAGGCUCACGCCGACGUGGAGCUCGCAGCCUCUCUGGCAGAAAAAAUCUCUCUGUUGGAACAAAAAAUAGAGAAACAAGCACGAGAAAUCCAGCUGAAGGAUGGGAGGAUUGCUGAACUCGAGGAGAAGAUAAAGACUCUUCAAGAAAGAGAAGAUUCUUCUGACUCAUCCACCACAGAAGAUCUGGAAAUGAGGUGCCUUCAGCUGCAGAGCCAGGUCUGGGAGAUGGAGCGGUUCCUGAAUGACUACGGUCUGAUUUGGGUUGGAGAGACACGGGACCAGCUGGGAGAUCCAGAAUCAUUCCAGGAUGAAGAGGAGCUGCCAGCAAGGAACCUCUGCAAGGGUGAAGCCGUUGUUUGCAAACACCAGAUUGAUUUUGAUUUAAUCUUGGAGAACAUUAAGGAUUUGAACUCGCUGGUCGGAGAGGGCAUUUCUCAGAUCGAGCACACGCCACGGGGCGCUCGGCUGAGGCGGCCAGAGCCCCUCCCUCUCACCCUGUACCAAAAUGGGAUCGUCAUGGGACACGGAGCCUUCCGACCCUACCAGCACCCAACCACGCAGCAAUGCCUGCAGGACAUCAUGGAUGGUUAUUUCCCCUCAGAGCUGCAGCCACGCUACCCUGACGGUGUCCCCUUGCAGGUCACUGACAGGAGGGACGUGGUGUUUCAGAAGCCAGACCUUCCAGGGAGUUUUCCUGGCCUUGGCCAGGUGGUGGGUACUUCAGAAUCCAACAAAGUGCAGGAAACUUCCAUGAUCCCAGGUCCCAAAGCCUCCUUGGAGCAGGCUCCCAACAAGAUUUCCAAGCCCCUGAAGCACAGAUGGAGAGCGGGCAGUGCCCGAGGCGUGGCCAGAGCAGCGCCACAGGGCUCUGAUGGGCAGCAGAGCAGCAAAGAAAUCCUGGUGGAAACACCUGGGCUGGCUGCCCUGGAGAGGGUGAAGCCAGCUGAGGAGGCUGAAACUCCUGCUGCUGCUUUCUGCACUCUGCGCAUCAGAUCCGAGAGCGGGGAGCAGACGUACGAGGUGAGGAUGCUGCUCACAGACACCAUCGGGGACCUGCGCCAGCACCUCGCCCACAUCAGGGGUGGAAACUUGGACUCGUAUGAGAUCAUCAGCACCUUUCCCCAGAGGGUGUACACGGACAACUCCAGGAGCCUGCAGGAAUGUGGGCUGGGCCCCAGUGCCUCCCUGCUGCUUCGGAGGAGAGACCCCUCCCAGCAGGAGGGGAGGGGGCUGCAAACAGCCUGAGCUGCUCAGCCCCAGCUCUGCACAGGGAGGGAGCUGCCUCUCACCUUACCCAACCUGCCCUGGCUGGGAAAAAGGAGAAGUUUUCUUUCCAGAUUUAGUUUCAGUGUGCCAUUACCUGGGAUGGAGAAGAGCUGGGAGCAGCCAUUUGGCCGCUCCCUUUGGCAGAGGGGGCCAGGCCAGUCCUGAUGCCUCCCAGGGGCUGCUGUUCCCCAGGACAGGUGGGUCCCGACACAGGGACACUUCCACCAGCUCACCUGGGCUCCAGCCUGGCUCCUCAUCUCUGUGCAGGGCAACACAGGCUGACCCCUGCCCAGGGGAGCCUGCCAGCUUCACCCAGCACUGGGCAGUUGCUUAGCUGGGCUCAGGCACUCUGGAGUAGCAGGAUGGACGCACAGCCAGGGGCAGUUUGCUUUCUACACACACUGCUCCCUACACAUUUCACCUGCACUGACACCAGCGGACAAACAGGCUCAGUUCCACGGUCUCUGUUGGAGCUAAACCUGAAGGCCUUGAGCCAUUGCAGUGCUGGGGCUGAGCCAGGCUCAACUCAGCCGGGAGAUCCUGCUGCUGGGUUUCCUGUACGUGCACAGCUCCUUCCCUUGGACAGCCCCCAGCUGCAGCGGGGCCCAGGCUCAGCCUGCCUGGAGGAACCCGCCCUCCUCCUCCCGCUGCCGGCGCUGGAUGCUGCAACAGGACACCGUGUCAUUGGAGACGAGCACAAUCCCUCCGCGGCGUCUCUGCCGAACCCUGAAUAAAGCAUCUUCCUCCCUCUCCCGUGGGCUGGGGCUGCACUUUUCCCUUUCCAUUUUCCCCAGCACAUUCUUCCCA